GCAGCGUGGCCUAACCGGAAGCAUGGCGUCGUGGGGGGUUCUGGGAGUUGUAGUCCCGGGGAGUUCUUUUACGCAGUGUUUUGGGGUGCGGGACUGCAAUGCGCGCACUUCUGGACCCCAGGCUGUUCCCACGGCGACUGACACCUCAGACACACGUGGGAGGGGCGGCGCGCUGGCUAUGGGGCUGUGCUGAGUGCGCGCGAGCGUGGCCGGCAGCCACCUGCUACAGAGCCAGCACUGCACUGGGGUCCUGGGGCGGCUCCUCCCGACGUGUCCGCGGGUUGUCAGGUGCUGCCGAGUUGGGCUGGGGGACGCUACAGGUAGUGGGUGCCGAGCAGCGGCUGGCCCCUUAUCUCACUGCCCCUCCCCGCAGCUCUGCCUCCUCGGACCCCACCGUCCCUUGGAAGCUCGCGCAGGGCACCUGUCGCUGUGACCACCUGGACGCAGAAGCUCAGGAUCGGACUUUGUCAGGAAGGUGGGUCACUCCUCUCAGCACCUCAAGCUUGUUUCUACCCCGGUCCCGAGAGCUGCAGAGGCUGGAGUUUGAGUCCCCACCUGAAGGUGUCUGCUUUCCCACAACAGCAAAGAAGAACCAUGGCCCAGGGUGUCAAGUCAGCAAACCAGCUGUGAUCUCCAGUUUGGAGCAGGGGAAGGAGCCAUGGAUGGAGGAGGAAGAGAUAUGGACAUGGAGCUUCCUAGACUGGACUCUGAAAUGGGCAUGUACAGAGAAGAGGAGACCCCACCAUGCCUCAGGCUUUGAGUGGAGAGGACACAGCCUCUGCUGGGACAGGGAACAGAGGGAUGCGGAGACCCUGAAGAUGCUUAUGGACAGUGGUCUGAGGUCGGGACAGUGGCAGGAGAUACCUUUCACUCAGCAUCUCCAGGACAAGAGAUCAGCCUGGCAGUUACAUGUGUUUUUCUUCAAACUGGUUGCCAGGUUGGAAUGGCCAAUGACAUCAGAUAUUCCAACCUUCCUGACUGGAAGGACCGGACUCCGUGGGUGCCUGGGAGCUGAAGUGGACAACAGUAUCUUCUCAGAGCUGUUCUCCACUCCUGACUUCUCCCAGCCUGGAGAAUUCAUAACACACUCUUCUGGCUCCUAGCAGAGUCCAGAAAAAGGCCUUGGGCAGAACAGAGACUCUGUCCAUGGAAUGGGACAGAUUUUGGGAAAAAUCAUGACCAUCCUGCUCGCCGAGCAUAAGGAGGAGAGCCCCCAGCCCCUGGGGUAGAUCCCAGACCCUCACGCAGGUCCCUUUGCUGGAAAAGGAAGAGGGAGUGGUCAGACCAAUCUGAGGAGGAGCCAGAGAAGGAGCUCGCCCCUGAGGAGACCUGGGUGGCGGAGACGCUGUGUGGCCUCAAGAUGAAGCUGAAGCAACGGCGAGUGUUGUCCGUGCUCCCUGAGCACCAGGAGGCCUUCAAUAGCCAGCUUGGUAGGAGGACACCCCAGAGAGCACCUCCAAUCCUAUUCUAAAAAAGAGGAAAUUUCCAAUAACCACUCUUUUCCAAUGGGAAAAAUAUGCCCCCAGUGGGUGAGCUCUCCAUCUGGGAGGACUCAGAAGUGAUCACUCAUGAGGGACGCUUAGGAGACGAUAGAGGAUUAGGCUAGACUUGAUAAAGGUCGGUGCUUGGGAUAUGAAAGCUUGGUUUUGGGCCAGGUGCGGUGGCUCAUGCCUGAGAUCCCAGCACACUGGGAGGCUGAGGCAAGCGGAUUGCUUAAACUCAGGACUUUGAGGAUGUAAUGAGCUAUGACUGCACCACUGCACUCCAUCCUGGGUGACAGAGCAAAACCCUGUCUCAAAAGAAAAACAAAGCCCAGGUGUGGUAGCUCAUGCCUGUAAUCCCAGUACUUUGGGAGGCCGAGACAGGUGGAUCACUUGAGGUCAGUUGUUCGAGACCAACCAGACCAAUAUAGCGAAACCUCAUUUAUGCUAACAAUACAAAAAUUAGCCAGGCGUGGUGGUGCACGCCUGUAAUCCCAGCUACCCGGGAGGCUGAGACAGGAGAAUCGCUUGAACCUGGGAGGCGGAGGUUGCAGUGAGCCGAGAUCACACCACUGCACUCCAGCCUGGGCAACAGAGCAAGACUCCGUCUCAAAAAGGAAAAAAUAAAAAAUAAAACAUAAAGAGUUUGGGGAGCUACAGAGAGGGGAGACCAGAGUUAUUUCACCCUGGGCUGUAGUCAUCCUUGUUGGAAUCUGACUUAAUUCAUUCAAUGGAAUUUGGGAAGGGGGUGUAUAUGGAAUAAAUGUGUCUGGGAUAGCUGCAUUCAGCAUUGCACACCCCCAACUAGGGAAAUGGAUCACCUUCUCAGGACAACUUGAUCCAGCUGCCUGCUUGGGGUCAGAAGUAAAGACUAACCAGGACCUCCACAAGAAGUCCCGUCCCCUGGAUACAAACAGGGGGAGGGCGGUGGCAGCACCUGGCUUCUUAUUGCAUGCAGAUGUCAGCUGGCCACGUGAAGCCCCAUUUCACCACCUUCAGAGGCCAUCUGCCAAGCGCAUCUAUUCUAGAUCCUACAGCUGUGAUCACACGCACUGAGUGGGUGUGAAGAGCUGGGCGUCCAGGACUUUCCAGCCCAACCCCGCAGGGUCUUUCUUCUUGGCCCCAGUCUCUGGCUUCUGUUAAUGUGGCUGCGAGGACAAGCUCUCUCUCCCCGCAUACAGGACUGUCACGCCAUCCACGUGCAGUGUGAGGUCAGCCUUUCCUGGGUGGUUGAAGAAUCUGUGCGAGUUGACAUUAUUAUAUUAUAUUAAAGCAUAAUUGUAUUAAUUGAA